UCAGUUCUUAUUUCAUGUCAGUUCAAAUCCUCGUCUCGUUCUAGAUAGAAGCUUAGAAGGAAAAAAAUGAAUAAAACAAUAAUAAUUAUUAUCGCUUUGCUUGCAUUUGCAACUUUUGUUCAAGGAAAAUCGAGUCAUUCAAGGAAAAGUUGCCAUAACUCCAACAAAUGUGAUAGCGACGAGAGUGAUUCUAGAGAAACUAAAAAAUGUGAUGAUUCAUCUUCGUCGUCGUCAUCGUCUUCAUCAGAGGAGGAGAAUGGAGACCGAAAAAAGAAACAAGAUAGUUCAUCUUCUUCCUCGUCAUCAUCAUCAUCAUCAUCAUCAGAGGAAGAUAAAGAAGAAGAAGAAUGUAAUGGUUCUAAAAAAAAAUCUAGUCAUGGUAGAAAUUGUAAAGGAAGUAAGAAAGGCAAUGACUCAUCUUCAUCGUCAUCAUCAUCUUCAUCAUCAGAAGAUGAAGACAAUGAUUGUAAUGGAGAUGGAAAAAAGAAGCAAGAGAGUUCGUCUUCUUCCUCGUCAUCGUCGUCGUCGGAUGAAGAUGAAAAAGAAAAAGAAUGUAAUGGCUCAAGAAAAAAGUCAAGUCAUCACCACAAAAAGGCAAGUCAUUUAAAGAACAAGAAUUGAAACUGCUAAAUAAGAGUCUUAGAAGAUUGUGGAUAAUAAAUAGCACGUGAAGACUUUUAGUAUACCAGUUAAUAAUAAAUAAACAUUCCAAGAUAUA